AUGAAAGCAUUGUGUGAAGAGAUCUGUAAUGCUUUUGGCAUUUCAUUGGACUCAGAGGUGCAAGACUCAGAUGGUGAUGUCAUUGUGGCUGAUACACUAGAUGUGUCAGAUGUCAAGAUGAAUAUAGCUGCCACCAGUUUAGAUGAUAUGGAGGGGAACAAUGUGGAAGAAUGGGAGACUGAUGAUGAGUCUGAAGAUGUUGGACUCAGAGGGAGUGAUGAUGAGUCAGAGGUGCUCAAAGUUGAUAAUGAGGACUCAGAGGAGGAGCUGGAUAAUGUAGAGGAGGAGCUGGAUGAGUUGUAUGAUGAGAAGAAUAAUGAAGGUAAGGAGGAGGAAGAAUAUCUUGGGUACAGUUGUUUGUAG